GAAACUAAAUUAAUCAACCAUAAAUCAUUAAAAAUGGUCCAGGAAAAUGAACAGCAUAUAAGGGAAAUCGAAGAAAUUCUGAAAAAAGACAAGAGGUAUUUAGUAUUAGAUUAUAUGCCUGAAGAAAGGACUAAGUUGAUCCUUACCUAUCUGGAAGAUUUAGAUAAACGAGGACCUCCUCCACCUCCUACUGCGUCAGAACCCACUCGAAGACCUGCUAAAUGAACUGAACUCAAUGAAGGUAAAUAAGUGUGUUGAUAGAAUAAUGUUGAGUUAUCCAGUUACCAGCCUUUUGGGAACAACUGCUUCAUUAUUGCUGUAGAGAUAGUCUUCUACAGAAAAUGUCACAUUUAUGAAGUAAGAAUGUUUUUAAAAAAAAUGUGAAGGAUGGUUCACGAUUUGAUGUUUGUGUUCCUUUUGAAUACAUCAGGGAACAGUGUUCUUCUCGUAUUCAGACAACUCCAUACUGAGAGAAUGGAGUAAAUUUUCAUGGUUGAUGAACUUUUUAUUUAUGUAUAUACAUAGAUUGUUGUAAAAUAUUAGUAUCACACAUUGAUUUACAUUUCUUGAAAAUGUUUAACUUGUCCACCUAUUACAUCUCAAACAAAUUUUGUGCGAAAAAUACAAUAAAAAAUGUUGUGGUCAUGGCAAUCUAUUAUAUUAACGUUUUCCUGGCAGCAAAUGCACUAUUGUCAAGCAGACUUGUUUACUUUUUGAAAUUGGAGCUGCGUGACACAAGCUACUAAAUUUUCUUUCUUUUUUUUAUGGAUGGUUUUAAUGUGUGGAUGACAAGUGUCACUGACAUACAUUCUAAUUGAAAAUAUAUUUUUAAUAUGUAUUAUUACAGAAAAUGACAUAAUCAUAAUGUAAAAUGUCUUUGUCAUUUUCCCUCUCCAAGGCCAAAUGAUUCACUUUGGAGAUGUGUAAUAACUUGAUGCUCAGAAGUGACAGUGGGACCACAAGGUGUGCAGUAAGUGUGAAAGUGGUUGCUUUUGUAUCAUUUAUGUAAAUUGCAUUCUUUAUUUCUCAAAAUACAAAGCAUUUAUAAGUGUAAAUCUUUGGUUGUGGCAGUACCACUAUCUUUCCUUGUUUUAUUGUGCAAAUGGAAUUGAAGAUUGCCUUAUGAUUGUGCAUGAGAAAUUGUAUUCAUUGUGAGAAAAAUUUGUAUGAGUGAAAAAAAUGUGUGUUGUCCCUAUCAUAAUAAAAGCAUUUAUAAUGUGCAGUUCAAAUAAAUUUAUCGUAAGUGUUUUAAUUGUCCCUAAUAAAUUUUGUUUUUCCACUCUUAUUGGAAAGAUAUAGGUUAUUUGGAGAAAUUGGUUUAGGGGGCCACUUGUUGAGGGACCUUGGGAGAGUGGGAGAGGGGAAAGGGGCAUGGGUUUUCAAUUGGACGCUGUGAAACGCUUGCAUUAAAUUUGGUUAUCCCGAUG